AGAUUUCUCCCCUCCCUGGAUCUCCAAACCGCUGGUACCACCUCACACUAGCCUAGGGACCAGGGUGACCACCACCAACCAAACCCACCUUCUUUCACGUUCUGCACUCUCAUUGACUCCCUGUCCUCUAGAUCGUCCCUCCUACGCUGAUUGGCCUUUGACUGCCGCCGGCGUAAUGGCUUCUUAAUUUCGCUGCGGUGACGUUGAACCUCUUCCUGACUUGACAACCAACAACCACCUGAGCUGCGUGAUGUGCAGCUGUCACCUGGCCACCUCAAUCAUCAUCCUCAUCACCUUUAUUUUCUCAUCCUACUUUUUACGCCCGACAACUACACAUUGACCAACACUGAGUGAUCUCGACUGAGCGACCAUCGCCUGCUUCAAUCAUGGGCGAUCUCGGGUCGGCGCUGGAGCACGCGGGCGGCUCAGGCAAGAAUAAGGAAGGCAUUUCAAUCGGGACAUUUCUCGCAUCCCUUGCCACUGCCGUGGUCGUCUUCGCUGUUGAAUUUCUUCUCUUCAUGCUUCUCAAAGGGAAGCUGAGCCGUAUCUACCAGCCGAGGACAUACUUAGUUCCUGACAGAGAACGCACUCAACCGUCACCACCAGGACUCUUCCGAUGGAUCGGCCCUGUCUUCCGUACCUCUAGCUCGGAGUUCAUCCAGAAAUGCGGCUUGGAUGCCUAUUUCUUUUUGCGAUACCUGCGCAUGCUGCUAAAGAUUUUUCUGCCGCUGGGGUGCCUCAUACUACCUGUUUUGAUCCCGUUGAACAAAGCCGGCGGCAAAGAUACGAACCUGAAGAAUGCAACGGAUACUGGCGGCGGCCGGUGGAAUGUUACUGGGCUCGAUCAACUCGCCUGGGGAAAUGUGACCCCGGAGCAUACUUCGCGAUAUUGGGGUCAUCUAGUCAUGGCCGUCAUCGUCAUCUUCUACGUCUGCGCAGUAUUCUUCGAUGAACUCAGACACUAUAUCCGUCUCCGACAGGCAUACUUGACCUCACCCCAGCAUCGUCUUCGCGCAUCUGCCACCACUGUCCUGGUAACUGCUAUCCCGGAAGGUUGGCUCUCGAUGAAAGCACUCGAACAGCUCUACGACGUCUUUCCGGGCGGCAUUCGAAACAUUUGGAUCAACCGUAACUUUGACGAUCUGCAUGAAAAGGUGAAACAGCGAGACGAGCUGGCUUUGAAACUCGAGGCUGCAGAGACCGAGUUGAUUGUCAACUGCAAAAAGGCCCAGCUAAAACAAGCCAAAGCUGCAGCGAAGAAGGCUGGAAUUGAUCCGAACUCUGUGGAAAGCCAAGAAAGAAAGGCCGCUGAUAGAAAGGCAUCGCAGUUGGCCAUGGAUGCUGGAAUAAGUUCUGGAAAUCCGCAUCAAGCCCACACAUUAGAACAAAUUCUGCAUCGCAACACUGAUAGAAGCACCCAGCCAGAACCCAAGAAGAAGAAACUGCUCUUUAACCCAUUGGAUCCUGCCCUAGAAGCAGCAGGUGCUGUUGGACAAGGCGUGGAAAAACUGGGAAAGUCGGUCCUGGGAGGUUUCAGGAAAGUGGAACAUGGUUUCGACGACUCCUUAGCUCGCACUGGCGGAUUUGUGCCUGAGAGUAGUGUUCCCGCCUACGGCGGCCACGUCGCCCCGCCGGCAAGCUAUGCCAGUCGUGAAGAUCCCUUACCUUGGUCAGAAGAUCACCAUGACGAGACAGAGCAAGUCCACGAGAAUGAGAUGGAUGUACCGGAAACCAGGCCGGAGUCAUCUUCCACACCCAAGCGACCAUUCUGGAAGAGUCGAGGCUCCGGUAAUUCCAAAUUGAGCAAGAGGAGUAACACGUCUGAGCCGGAUGAACUUCCGUUGACUGCUCCUGAAUCGCCUGUUGAACGUGGCAGGAGUUCUGAUUCUGAGAGGAGCCUCUCAAUCAAGGAAAAACAAACGAGAGACCAAGGAUCCCAGGGAAAGGAGGGAGACAAGGUGGACGGAGAUGAGUAUCCACGGGCAUACAAUGAAGCAUUCGAUAACGAAGACUAUGGAGAGCCAGUAUGGAAGAAGUAUAUCAAACCGAAGAAGCGCCCUACCAUGCGACUGCCGAUUUUCAGCUGGAUGCCAUCUCUGUGGUUGAUAGGCAAAAAAGUGGACACCAUUGACUACUGCCGCAAAGAGCUGGCUCGGCUUAACUUGGAGAUUGAGAUUGAUCAACAACACCCCGAAAGAUUCCCCCUCAUGAAUUCCGCGUUUAUCCAAUUCAAUCAUCAGGUUGCGGCCCAUAUGGCUUGUCAGGCAGUCAGUCACCAUGUUCCCAAGCAGAUGGGGCCGCGCAUAGUUGAAAUCUCGCCCGACGACGUUAUCUGGGAUAACAUGUCCAUGAAAUGGUGGGAACGGUAUCUGCGAACAUUUGGCAUUAUUGCUCUUGUUUGCGCGAUGGUUGUGGGAUGGGCUAUUCCAGUUGCCUUCACUGGUCUUCUUUCUCAAUUGACAUACCUCGAAGAAGCUUUCACUUGGCUGUCUUGGAUCUCCAAAUUACCGUCGUGGCUUAUCUCGGCAGUGCAGGGUGUCCUGCCUGCACUUUUCCUCGCGAUUCUCAUGGCAAUUCUUCCCCUAAUCCUUCGUUUCCUCAGUCGGACCCAGGGCCUUCACACUGGCAUGGCAGUUGAACUAACGGUGCAGGCCUAUUAUUUCGCGUUCCUGUUCGUGCAACUAUUCCUGGUCGUCACCAUUUCAUCCAGUUUUUCGACCAUCAUUAGCAACGUUACCGAUGUCACCAGCUGGCCAGAACUUCUGGCGCAAAACAUUCCCUCAUCCAGUAACUACUUCUUCUCCUAUAUGAUUCUGCAAGCCAUGUCCGUGAGCGCGGGAGCUUUGGUUCAGAUUGUCAACUUGGUGAGCUGGUUCAUUUUUGCACCGAUCUUCGACAAGACUGCCAGAAAGAAGUGGGGUCGUACAACCAAUCUGAACCAGAUGCAAUGGGGUACUUUCUUUCCGGUUUAUACUACCCUUGCUUCAAUCGGCCUGAUUUACUCUAUUGUCGCUCCUCUCAUCCUGGUCUUCAAUGUGAUCACAUUCGGCCUUUUCUGGUUUGUCUACCGGUACAAUACUCUUUACGUGACCAAGUUCCGCUUCGACACGGGUGGCCUGCUUUUCCCGAGGGCAAUUAACCAGUUGUUCACCGGACUGUAUAUCAUGGAGCUCGCACUGAUUGGCUUGUUCUUCCUGGUUCGCGACGAAAACGGAGAUGUUGCAUGCGAAGGUCAAGCGAUCAUCAUGAUCAUCGUUCUGGUUCUCACAGUGGGUUUUCAGCUGCUCCUUAGUGAUGCAUUUGGCCCGUUGAUUCGCUAUUUGCCUAUCACGCUGGAAGACGACGCUGUGCGUCGCGAUGAAGAGUUUGCCCGAGCUCAAAGGGCACGAUUAGGCUUACCCGAAGAAGAGGAAGACUAUGAUCAUCUGCCGGAUGCUGUUGAUCACCCAUUAGGGUCCCAAGAAGCGGCGCAGCGACAGCUGGAAGCGAACUCCCAGAAUAUCGAGCUAAAGAAUCUCGACUCAUCUCCCGAGAGGAGUCACAGCCAUCCCAGUCUCCAUAUCCAAAAACCCAAACUUGGUCCCCCUCGUGGAUCGUGGGCUGAUCGCUCACCGGACCGCCGAUCCAAAUUUUUUGGAGUCAACUCGGAGAUGGCGGUUCCUAGCAUCGAGCGGUUACGCGAGAAAAUCGCCCUGGACGCCGAAGCCCAAGGUCCUCCAGCGCGUAACAUGGGUCCUGCCUUGUUCUCUGGCAUCCACGACGAGCUCGAGGACCUCACACCGGAGGAGCGCGAUCAGCUCACACAGCGAGCUUUCCAGCACGAUGCAUUACGUGCGAAGCGACCUGUGAUCUGGAUUCCUCGAGACGACCUGGGUGUUAGUGAUGAUGAGAUCUACCGGACUCAGCGAUUCAGUAAACACAUCUGGAUCAGUAAUGAGUACCAAGCACUCGAUGGCAAGAGCCACACUAUCUUCAGUCGCAGUCCGCCGGACUUUUCUGAGGUUGACCUCAUUCAAUUAUAGAUGAAGACCGUCAGGAACGGUUGGUUUUACGACAUAAUGAAUGAUUUUCACGCCAUGCUUUUCCUCUCCAGCGUUUUGUCUUUCUGUUUCGUUGUUCUUCUUUUGUGACUAUGUGCAUAAUUGGGCGUCUUGGUAGCAUUUCUUCGCAGCGAAGUCGAAGCAAGUGUAUGAUAAGAGGAGCAUGCUCGUCUUGUAUAUAACUAGAUCCCUGCCUGUACCACUUUUAUCUGAGCUCCAAAUA